CAGUGGAGGACCAAUCAAAUACUUUAUUGUCCUCUGUAGGCAAUUUGCCGAUACGCUCACAAGUGCUCAUGUCUACCGUAGAAAUUCUCAUACAAGACGCCAAUGGGUGUUAUCAAAGAGCACGAGCAUUGUUAGAUUCUGCUAGUGAGAGUAGCUACAUGACCGAAAGUUGUCGACAUAGACUAGGUGUAUCGCGGCAGAAGUGUCAUUUAGCAGUUAGUGGCAUAUCUGGAGUGAAAGUACCCACGAUAAAAGCUCGAGCGCAAGUAGUUAUUCGCCCUGUACGACACCAUGAACAGCAAAUAACAAUCGAAGCGUAUGUAGUAACACAAAUUACCGGAUGUACGCCGUCCAAACAUAUACGAGAUGCAGAUUGGGUGCAUCUAAAAGAUCUUGAACUAGCUGAUCCAAAUUUCAACGAACCAUUACCCGUAGACGUACUGCUAGGCGCCGAAGUUUUCCCCUACAUCAUACGAAGUGGGCGACGGGAAAAUUUACUAAGUGAGCCAGUUGAUAUCGAAACAGUGUUCGGUUGGGCUCUAAUGGGAAACACAGGUAACACUAAUCCUAAGAGAAGCACUACGUUAUUAACAUCUUUGGACAGUGUAGAUCUUGUGUUACGACGGUUCUGGGAAAUAGAGGAAGUACCAAAUGCGUCAAAGACGAGUCCGGCAGAAGAGGACUGUGAGCGUAUUUAUCGUUCUACGACUACACGAGAAUCAGACGGUCGAUACGUUGUACAUUUACCAUUCAAAUGCAAACCGCCGCAGCUUGGACAGUCACGACAAAUGGCCCUCAACCGGCUUUAUCGUUUAGAAUCCCGAUUAGAUAAGUUGCCGCAGUUACGACAACAAUACAAUACUGCCAUGCAGGAUUAUCUCGAUAGCGGUCACAUGCAAAUAGUACCAGAAGCCACACCCGAACCGGAACAGGCUUAUUACACUCCACAUCAAGUAGUGAUUAAACCUGACAGUACUACUACAAAAGUGAGAGUUGUGUACGAUGCGUCAGCUACUACUUCGAACGGGAAGUCGUUGAAUGACAACCUUUAUCCUGGUAAAAAAUUACAACAAGACUUGCCGGGUAUAAUCAUCAGGUUCCGGGUACAUGAAGUUGUGGUUACAGCUGACAUUAAGCAAAUGUUCAGACAAAUCAUCGUUACUCCCGCACAUAGACAAUAUCAGCGGCUCCUUUACCGAUUUCAAAGUUCAGAACCUAUUCGAACUUUUGAAAUGACCACUGUGACCUUCGGCCAACGAUCUUCACCAUUCUUAGCAAUAAGAACGCUACUUCAAUUGGCCAGCGACGAAGCAGGUGGCUACUCGGAUGUUCAACGAGUUCUGCGUAACGAUCUGUAUGUGGACGAUGUGGUCACUGGUGCCGACUGUGUGGAAAGUGCGCUUCAACUUCAACAAAAUCUCAUAAAAGUUCUAAAGAAUGGGCAGUUUGAACUUCGUAAAUGGUCCAGUAACUCGGCUAAGGUAUUAGACGCCUUACCCAAAGAACAUCGACAAAACCAAGACGUUGCGUUUAACGGAGGUGAAAUUGAGUUUACCAAAGUACUUGGUUUAAAGUGGGAGCCAAGUAGUGACGUAUUAACCUAUCAAUACCAAACUAAUCCUAUACAGUUUAGCAAACGUUAUAUUUUAUCGGAAAUAGCGCGUAUUUACGACCCUAUUGGGCUGUUAGCGCCCAUAACCACUCAUCUCAAGAAGCUUAUGAAAUAUUUAUGGUCACUGGAAGUUGGAUGGGAUGACCCAUUGCCCCAAGACGCGAUGGAUGCUUGGAAGUGUUAUCACAAUGAAUUACCACUAAUAGGACAAGUACGAGUGCGACGACAAGUUACUUGCACCGGAUCGACCUACGAACUACAUGGAUUUUGUGAGAGCUCGGAGAUUGCCUACGCCGCUGUUGUGUACAUCUUAGCUCGAAGACCAGACGGUACCAUGCAUUGUCAGCUUCUAAUGGGCAAAUCAAUAGUAGCACCCGAAAAAAAGUUGUCCAUUCCUAGAUUGGAAUUAUGCGGAGCACUACUCCUCGCUCGAGUUAUCACUUAUGUACGUACCAACCUAACUACAUUACAAAUAAGCCGCACCACUGCCUGGUCGGACUCAACAGUAGCUCUAGCAUAGAUAAAAACACCAACUUCGAAACUAAAAACAU